GCGGCUUCCGCCCGGUUGCCGGGGUGACGGGUACACAGUGCGGCCCUGCGCGGGCGCGCAGCCUGCCGCGCCGCCGCCAUGAGCCACAGGCAGGUUCUACAAGUUUUCGAGCAGUACCAGCGCGCCCGGACGCAGUUCGUGCAGUCGGUGGCCGAGCUCGCCGCCCGCCCUCAGAACAUCGAGACCCUCCACAACGCAGGUGUAAUGUCUUUGCUGAGACCUCUCUUGCUGGAUGUCGUCCCAACUAUUCAACAGACUGCUGCUUUGGCUCUUGGGAGACUUGCCAAUUAUAACGAUGACCUGGCAGAGGCAGUUGUGAAGGGAGACAUUCUUCCACAGCUCGUGUGUUCAUUGUCUGAGCAGAAUCGUUUCUACAAGAAAGCAGCUGCAUUUGUGCUAAGAGCAGUUGGUAAACAUUCCCCACAGCUAGCUCAGGCAAUAGUUCAGUGUGGAGCCCUGGAAAUGCUUGUGAUUUGCUUGGAAGAUUUUGACCCUGGAGUCAAAGAAGCUGCAUCUUGGGCAAUUGGGUAUAUUGCCCGACACAAUUCAGAACUGUCACAAGCUGUGGUGGAUGCAGGAGCUGUUCCUCUUUUAGUGCUCUGUAUCCAGGAGCCAGAAAUUGCUUUGAAAAGGAUUGCUGCUUCAACUCUCAGUGAUAUUUCAAAGCAUUCUCCAGAGUUAGCACAGACAGUAGUGGAUGCAGGAGCUAUCGCUCACUUAGCUCAGAUGAUCCUGAACCCUGAUGCUAAACUGAAGCGUCAGGUGCUGUCAGCUCUAAGCCAAAUAGCAAAGCAUUCAGUGGAUCUUGCAGAGUUGGUGGUUGAAGCAGAAAUUUUCCCAGUUGUGCUCACAUGCCUGAAGGACUCAGAUGAAUAUGUCAAGAAAAAUGGUGCAACUUUAAUUAGAGAGAUAGCAAAGCAUACGCCUGAGCUUUCACAGCUUAUAGUAAAUGCAGGUGGAGUCGCUGCUGUGAUUGACUGUAUUGGCAGCUGCAGAGGGACUGUCAGGCUGCCUGGCAUCAUGGUGCUUGGUUACAUAGCAGCUCAUUCGGAGAACCUGUCAAUGGCAGUGAUUGUCUCCAAGGGAAUACCACCACUGUGUGCCUGCUUGAUAGAGGAACAUGAAGAUCAUAUUAAGGCAGCAGCUGCUUGGGCCUUGGGACAGGUUGGAAGACAUACUCCUGAGCAUGCACGUGCUGUGGCAGUAGCAAACGUGCUACCCACACUGCUUGCUAUGUAUAUGGACACACGCAGUUCAGAAGAUCUUCAAAUAAAAACUAAAAAAGCCUUAAAGAACAUCCUUCAGAAAUGCACAUAUCUUCCAGCACUUGAACCACUGCUGCAUGAUGCCCCUCCCAAUAUUAUGAAACAUAUCGUUGGGCAGUUUAGUAAGGUGUUACCACAUGACAGUAAAGCACGUCGUCUCUUUGUAACAACUGGUGGACUUAAAAAGGUUCAAGAAAUAAAAGCAGAAUCUGGGUCACUUCUUCAGGAAUAUAUCAACACUAUUAACAAUUGCUAUCCAGAGGAAAUAGUAAGGUAUUAUUCCCCUGGAUAUUCUGAGAUACUUCUGGAAAGACUGGAAAAUUACCAUCCAGUUUUGUAAACUUCAAAUUUUUAUUAGAGCUGUAUUUCACAUUUAUGCCUUUAUGACUGUAAUACAAAUACAGCUGUUGAAACUCUUGUUUAGUUCUGAAAUCUCCUUCUACUGUUUGAACUACUGAAAGUGCUCAGCAAUUCCAGCAAGCUAUAUUUUGUUCUUUAUAAACUUGUUUGUUGCUAAGUUUUUGUUCCCUUUUGUUUUUCUCUAACAUUACUACCAGAUAUUGCAGCAUAUAUGAAUGGAAUUUCAUGCAGGGGUGAUGAUUUAUCACAGAAGCUUUUUUAGAAUCAGUCAUUUCCUUUUCCUUCCACAAGAAAGGUUUGUUAUUAUCUCAUUCAAAUUUUAGCCUUCUCAAUACUAUAACCAUUUUCCCCUUUUGCCUUUGCAUAUUGUUUAGAGCUUCCCAAGCUUGAUGAGGGGGAAAAAGCUGGCCCCUGUGCUUUUUCUAAUUAUGGAAUCCAUUCUGCACUGAGAUAUCUCCUACUUCUACCUCUCAGAAAGUAAAGUGAUGUGAUUUUGCAGCUCCAAACAUGUUAGUAGCUGCUAAAGAAACAAUCAGAUCUGAUGAUGAUAAAAGGGCUGAAUUUUGCAUGAUAUGAUAGUGUGGUGGUCCUGACAUGGUAAAUAACACAUCUUCUGCAAAAGUCCUCCUAAUUAAGGCAGGAUUCACUGUGGAGGGGAAGGAGCAAUACACUGUUUGGUGUACGCAUCAUUGUUCCUCCUGGAAAGGACAGAGUGAACUGAGAACUAACAUGGGCACAUGGAAGGAGUGCCCAUGGAAGGCAGUCUGGGAGGUUUGGCUCCAUUUGGUUCAGCAGCAUAUUUGUGUGGCUCAGAAGAGAGGAGAAUUGCGUGGCUGCAGGAACACUGUUAGCAAAGUUCUGAGCACAUUCAGAGGAAACCUGAAGAUACUUGAGUCCCACUGGAGAGAUGGGACUAAGGCUGCUCAGUACUUACUCUUCAAGAGUUGAAAUUGCUGGAGAAUUGAGUUGAAACACACUUGGAACUUAGUCUUGAAGUUGCAGAUCACAUCGACAUGGAGGUUAUUGGAGGUGUGAGCUCUUGCCUGACUGUAGACCAUCCUGGAAGUAUUUUUGCCCUCUUAUGUAGAGUGAAAUUAUAUUCUGCUUACUCCUCUGGUGUACUGUAGCAGCAGGGAGCAGCAUACAACCCUAUAGUAUUCCCUAAUAUGUAAUUGUCAUUUACCAUUUUUUGUUCUACUAACCAUUUUUCUUUUCCUUGUAUGCAGCAAUUUUUUGUGUUAUGGUGGGGUUUUUUUGUUGUGGUGGGGUUUUUUGUGUUUUUGUUUUUUUUUUUUUUCCAAAGAGUAAUAAACAGUGUUUCUGGAACAGGAUGUUGAAAUACUGGCAGCCACAAGGAAAGACAAUAUUUGAAAACCCCCGCAGGAGAGAAACUUGUCUACUUUCUUAAACAUAUUAACUGAAUGAGUUUAUAAAACAGGGAUAGCCUCUUCUAUUACUUGUAAAACAGGAGCAAAGACUUAUUGCAGUUGGAAAUGAUUUAGAGUGGCUUUUCUCUGCCAAAUUCCAAAUGACUAUUUUCCUUUAUUCUUGUCAGCAUAUUUUUCAACAGUUCACAAGAACAUUGAUGGGCUAUCUUGUGUUAAGGUUUAAUUCUACAGAGGGCUGUGCUCUCGCUGUGAGGUACUUGGUGCUCUCAGGCUCUGCUCUUCAGGAGGAGCAGGGGAUGCACAGUACCCUCCUGUACGGAGCCUAACUGAGAUGGAAACUGUUCGUGUCAUGAAUGCUGGUACAGAAACCACACCAGCUGGGUUCUUUCCUUAGCCCACAUCAGAGUGAAAAUUCUUGGAACUGAUUAGCUUCUACCAAAUGCCUUUUUGUUUUUGGUGUUUAUAUCCUGACAUUAUUAAUACUAGGACACUAGUGGAAAAACAUUAGGUCUAUUAAAAAGAUUGUUGUAAUACUCAAUAAUUCUAUCAAAUGCAUUAUGGAUAUUUAAAAAUCAAAUCUUGUACAAUCUCUAAAAGAAAAUGUAAUGGAAGGGCUUCCAGACAGUCUUGAAGGAUCUGAAGCCUUUAUUUUCCCUAACGGAACAGAAAUGGUGCAGAGGGCUGAAUGCGGUUGCAGUGCAGACAGGAGGCAGGGUAGGCAUAGACCUGUGUGCCCAUAGCUGCAUCAGGUGCUUGGGAGCACACCCACACCGCACAAUGCUAAUGUAUAUGUUUUGUGCAGAGAGAGCAAAGAGGCUUCAGUCCCCUGACAAAUGUGCUCCCGCUGUGUCACACUGUGCUACACUGUAAGGAUUCCACAGGGUUAAAUUUCAGUGCCUAAACAAUUUGUUCACAGUCUUUUCACAGUCUUUUUCUGAUUCCUGACAAAGGAAAUGAUUGCACAAGGCAAACCUUCAAAGCGAUCUGAUUGUGCAGAGCACAAUCUAAAUCAGACCUAGCAUAAAUAUACCUUUACACCAGCUAGGCAGUUCUGUCCUAGGCCAGCGGCUGUUUGGCCUCUAGUCACAGGACUUUUCUGGACGAUGCCACAUGCUGUUAGGCCGUGGCCGUGCAAAGUCGGAGCUCUCCCGCAUACUUUGAGACCCCCUCAGCUCUCCUUUGCUGGCAGGCUGCUUCCCUGCAUUGUACGUGCACCCUGUGGCUGGAGGCUUCCCUGGAGGUACAUGUCUGCACAAGGCACAUCUAGCCCUUUACAGUAGAAUUAUCGCUGAUUUGUAUUUUAAGCUUAUGUUACUAGGGCAAGAGUUGCUUUUUUCACAAGCUCUGAUGUACAGCCUUUCUAUUCCAUCCUCUCCUUUGGCUUAAGUCAUCAUCUAAAACUAUAUUAAUGUUUGUAAUUGCUACUCUGGCAGGCUUCAAGUGUGUAUCAUUUGUCUCAGUUUCGUAGAAUAAAAUGUAGAUUUGCAUUUUAAUUCAUUCUGUAAAUGCUGUUUUCAUGCUAGUUUGUGCCUGUGAUGCUAGAGAAGAUGAAGAACAGGCUCAUUUUGCAGCUCGGGCCUGACACCACCUUUGGAUGUUUGUCUCGGCUUACCACUCAACAGUGCCUACUUCUGAGCUUAGGACACACAAGCAUUUCAAGUAAGAGUCCCUCUCACAGAGGUGGCUUAUUAAGACACACAAAGAAAAUGAAGCCAGUGCUUUGGCAGAAAUAAAUGUAAGCAGAGACAGCCCCUAAAUCAUUUUGCCAGUUCCUUUGACUGUAGCAUUGGGACUUUUCAACCCAAGUCUUUAAAGAUCUUCUCUGGGGGCCCGAGCCAUGAUUUUUGUCUACAUCACUACAGCUAUUAUUACAUCUACAGAUGUAAACCAGGGCCUUGAAAGAACAUGUGGAUGUGUAAAACUUGACCAUAUUUCAUUCAGUGGAUGGAUUAACUGGCCUACAAAAGCCCCAUUCUUUAUCUGAAUGACUGGAAACCAAGAGGAUCUGAAAAGGGGAAAUUGAAGGAGUUCAACUCUUGUGCAUGUAAUAUGUUCUGCAUUUCCAGAGGGAUUUACCAAGGGAUUGCUUUGUCUCAUCUGAAGUGAUCAAUCUGCUGGAGAUCUGCAUCUUAACAAAUGAACAAAAUGUUGAAGGAGCUGAAUGGAACUGGUGAAGGAAGAAACGAAUCUCAUUUUGUGAAGUAGAGCACAAAGUUACUGUAAUUAGGAAGUGGAUGGAGUGUGGGUAGAUCCUCAGUGUUCUUGAUUUGGUCUAGGGGGUUGUGAAUUAGCUUGGCCAAAAGGGAGUUUUAGACAUGGAGGAUGCUGUGGGAUAGCCUUUAGCUUCUGGUGUAAAUUGGAGUCCUCUGAUUUCUGGGGAUGUAGGGGUGGCUGGCUGUUGUCCCUUCAGGUGAGGAAUCUGUGAAAGCAUGCUUGCCUCAGUAUCUUUCCUAAUGGCUGCUUGGUGUCCAGUACCUUGGUUGUUAGAGUUUUAGAUCUCACUAUGUGACCAGGGUAGAAGGGAAAUAUGGAGUAGCACUAGAUUGCAAAGCCGGUGGUUCCACUUCCUGCACUGACAUAGGAUUGCUUUUAUGGUCUUGGAUAAUUAUUACAAAUCCCUAUGUAUCAUCAUCUUCAGCUGUGAAGUAUCUGUUAUACUCCUUUGUUAACUUGCAGAAGUGCUGGGAAAAUUAAACUCAGAUGAGAGGUCGAUGCAGCAGAACUUAAGUUCUUUAUAAGUAAUACCAUAUUCAGCAAGGAAUAUUGUACAAGAACCUACAAAAAUUUACCUAAGACAUCUUUGAGAUACUGAUUUUUACAAUUUGAGUCAAACUAAAAGCCGGUGGAUUUUGUGAGUUUCCUCAUCUGACACAAUUUGAAGGGAUCUUGGAGAAAGAGGAAAUUACAAUGUCUCUCAUGACUAUACUAAAACUAUUGAUGUCAUUUUUGUAUAAUACCUAACUAUUAAUAUUGAUGCUACUGUGCUGUAUUCUGCAGUCAGGUCUAUAAUUUAGCUAGUGAAAAUACUAAUUAUGUUAUUCCCGCUGUACUGUAUUUCUAGAUACUGUACAAAAGAUUGAAUUAGAAAAUACAUAUAAGCAAUACUAAAGCAUAUUUUGAUGAUGAGAAUGCCUUUUAAGCCAGGAAACGGUAUUGUGCUGCCUUUCACAAGAAGUUACUCUUACUUGGGUUAAACACGUUUCGUAGUUGUUUGUGUUCCCUCCCCAGCCAGAGGUCCGAUCACAAGCCUCGCUGAGUGCUCAGCGAAGUGCUGAGGACCAUGACCUGCUGUCUGUAGAAGAAACCGGUUGUGCUCACUAUUGUGCAUCAGCAAGCUAUGGAAGGGAACAUUGCGAGUGUCCUAAUGUCCUCGCCUUAACAGAAUUCCACAGAGAUUUUGAAGGCUUGCUUUUUCUCUGUAAAAACACUCUUGCUCCUACUAGUUCUUACCUCCACACUGAGUUAAAGAAUAGGUACCCAUAUUAACUUUAACUAUUCUGUAUUUUGUUCCUUUUAUACCAAAAAUUAAAUUUUGAGGGAGGAAAGUGUGUUAGUGUCUUUCUUUAAAACAAAGUUCUUGAUUACUUUUUGUGUCAAAACCAGCAACAAAACUCUUCAUAAUCUUGUGACAAGAUCUG